UCUGAAAUAACGCCUCCUGCUAUCGAAGACAGUCUUGCGUCUGUAAAGUGAUAAAAUAAUUGUACAAUUGAAACACCUUGGGAAUUUCAGUCACUGUCCCUGCACCAUACAUAUAAUUCGUGUAACAGCCUGAUUUAGUAGAGCAGCAGAGCAUUUGCCGCAAUCGUUAGCGAAUAGUAAGCCCCGCUAAUUCGGCACGCUAAUUGGCAAAACCGAUUCGAUUCCAGGGAAGGAGACGCACUGACAGACGGGUGAAGAACAAAAGGAGAAGGAAAACAACAGUUAAUCGUCAAAUUUUACAGGCAAAAGGUGAGCAACUACGCCUUGCACACAGACAACCGCAUCAACGAGCACACAAACACACGCACACACUGGCCUUAUCGCCUGCGUAGUGGCAGUCCACAAUGAGCUCCGCGGAGGAAAACAGCAACAGCCCGGCCACCACGCCCCAGGACGAGGCCGCCGAACAGGUCAACCUCACGGAUCUGGAGAAGAUCGAGGAGGAGAAACUCAAGUCCAAGUAUCCCAGCGGAAUGCGCGUGCCGGGCGGUCAUUCGGCCUUCCUUCAGAAGAGGUUGCAGAAGGGGCAAAAGUUCUUCGACUCGGGCGAUUACCAGAUGGCCAAACAGAAGGGUGGCGGCGUCAAGCAGGUCUUUGCCAACAAGGUGACCACCGGGGAGGCCAUUCCCACGCCCGAAACCGUGCCGGCGCGCAAGACUUCGAUCAUCCAACCCUGUAACAAGUUCCCGGCGACGAGCUAAUUUACUCACCACUCACCUCUACUGUAUCCACAACCUCCUCAACUGCAGCAAGUUCCCCAAUCCCCGUUCCCCACUUCAAAUGCUCUAUACCUAAUUUUAAAGAAAAACCUAAUGCUAAGAUGGCUGCUGCCGGAUUGUGCAGGCAUUUCGCGAAAGUUUAAACUUGAAUUUUAACUCCCUGUUUCGUGUUUCCCCCAUUCAAUUAAAUCGCCAUCCGCACUGGCCAAUCUCAAGAUCCCCUCAUCAGUCCAUCUCUCAGGCCGGGGAAGCGAAGAUGGCGAGCCGAACAGCGCGAAAUUUAUUGCAACAGUUAAAUAUAUCUCUAUCUUUGUAACAUUAAACUAACUUACCCUGGUCGUACGUAGUUGUAAGUAUUACGAGCAUAAUAAAUUUAAGUUGGAGCCAGCCACACACACAUA